CCCUCGUACUCGCGCUCGUACGUCCUCUUUCUUAUCGGCGUAGUAACCAAACCAAACCAAACCAAUCUCCCCCUUCUUCUCCGCUUCACAACAAAAAGAUUUAGAGAGAGAAACUCUCUCUCUCUUCUCUUCUCUUCUCUUCAACCACUUUCUCUUUCUGGAACCGUCCAUGCCUCCACCGGAUACACAACGUACAAAACUCACAACUGAUUUCGUAGAAACAUACACAACAAAGAUGAUGAUAAAGUGCUCAACCACUUAAACUCAGACGCAAUUUCCCUCGAAAAUAAGAAAGAAAUAACAAAAAAGAAAGUUAAAACGCGCAUGGCGUCGCCGUUGGACGGAGGAGGAGUGGCGGUGCUCCCGAAUUCCGUCAACAAGGUUGACUCCUCCUCGGCUCUCAAUGGCGGCUUGAAGUGCUCCAAACCGGAGUCGCCAAUUUUGAUUUUCUUGUUCUUUCACAAAGCGAUUCGGAAUGAGCUUGACGCGCUGCACCGAUUGGCCGUCGCAUUCGCCACCGGCAACCGCUCCGACAUUAAGCCGCUCUCCGGCCGCUACCAUUUCCUCAGCUCCAUGUACAGGCACCACUGCAAUGCUGAAGACGAGGUGAUUUUUCCAGCUCUAGAUAUACGUGUGAAGAAUGUAGCACAGACAUAUUCUCUCGAGCACAAGGGUGAAAGCAACCUUUUUGAUCAUCUAUUUGAGCUUUUAAAUUCUUCCAUCAAUAAUGUUGAAAGUUUUCCAAAAGAGUUGGCAUCCUGCACAGGAGCUUUGCAGACGUCAGUUAGUCAACACAUGGCGAAGGAAGAGGAGCAGGUAUUUCCUCUGCUUAUUGAGAAGUUUUCUCUUGAGGAACAGGCAUCCUUAGUGUGGCAGUUUCUUUGCAGUAUUCCUGUGAAUAUGAUGGCUGAAUUUCUACCGUGGCUUUCAGCAUCUAUAUCACCUGAUGAAUCUCAGGAUUUGCGAAAUUGCUUAAUCAAGAUAGUGCCAGAGGAAAAACUCCUUCAAAAGGUUGUUUUCACCUGGAUGGAAGGAAGAAGUAGCAUUAACACAGUUGAAACUUGUGCAGAUCAUUCUCAAGUUCAAUGUAGUUCUAGGGCAUUAACCCAUCAGCUUGAGAAAGUAAACUGUGCUUGUGAAUCCACAACAACUGGAAAAAGGAAACAUUCUGGAUCUAUGAUAGAUGUUUCUGAUACCACUGGAACACAUCCUAUAGAUGAAAUAUUGCUCUGGCAUAGUGCAAUAAAAAAAGAGUUAAGUGAGAUAGCAGUGGAGACUAGAAAGAUACAGCACUCUGAAGAUUUUACUAAUCUAUCUGCUUUUAACGAAAGAUUUCAAUUCAUAGCUGAAGUUUGCAUAUUUCACAGUAUUGCUGAGGACAAGGUUAUUUUUCCAGCAGUAGAUGGAGAAUUUUCUUUCUUUCAGGAGCAUGCUGAAGAAGAAAGCCAAUUUAAUGACUUUCGGCAUUUGAUUGAAAGUAUUCAAAGUGAAGGAGCAUCAUCUAAUUCAGAUGUUGAAUUUUAUUCCAAGUUAUGCAUACAUGCUGAUCAUAUAAUGGAAACCAUACAGAGGCAUUUCCAUAAUGAAGAAGUUCAGGUUCUUCCACUUGCAAGAAAGCACUUUAGCUUUAGAAGGCAAUGUGAACUUUUGUAUCAAAGCUUAUGCAUGAUGCCUCUGAAAUUGAUUGAGCGUGUCCUGCCAUGGUUGGUAGGAUCUUUAACUGAAGAUGAAGCAAAGACGUUUCAGAGAAAUAUGCAGUUGGCAGCUCCAGCAACAGAUUCUGCUCUUGUCACACUCUUCUGUGGAUGGGCUUGCAAGGCUCGUAAUGAAGGUCUGUGUUUGUCUUCAAGUGCAUCAGGUUGCUGUCCUGCUCAAAGACUUUCUGAUAUUGAAGAAAAUAUUGUUCGGCCAUCCUGUGCUUGUGCAUCUGCAUUAUCUAAUAGACAUUGCUCGGUAUUAGCUGAAUCAGGUGGGAACAAAAGAUCAGUCAAGCGCAACAUAUUGGAGUCGCACAAAAAUGAAGAUCUACCUGAAACUUCAGAGACUGAAAAUAUUCAGAAACAAUGUUGUAGUGCACGGUCUUGUUGUGUGCCAGGUUUAGGAGUAAGUAGUAACAAUUUAGGGCUGAGUUCUCUUUCUACAGCCAAGUCCUUACGGUCCUUGUCUUUCUGCUCUUCUGCCCCAUCUCUUAAUUCCAGUCUUUUCAUAUGGGAAACAGAGAGCAGCUCAUGCAAUGUUGGAUCUACACAAAGACCAAUUGAUACCAUAUUUAAAUUCCAUAAAGCUAUACGCAAAGACUUGGAGUAUCUAGAUGUUGAAUCUGGAAAGCUGAGUGAUGGUGAUGAGACAAUUCUUCGGCAAUUUAAUGGAAGAUUUCGUCUUUUGUGGGGUUUGUAUAGAGCUCAUAGUAAUGCUGAAGAUGAUAUAGUAUUUCCAGCUUUAGAAUCCAAAGAGGCACUUCAUAAUGUGAGUCAUUCGUACAUGCUGGACCAUAAGCAGGAAGAACAAUUGUUUGAAGAUAUUUCCUGUGUUCUUUCAGAGUUUUCUGUCCUUCAUGAAGCCUUGCAGAUGACGCAUAUGUCCGACAAUUUAAGUGAAAGUAAUUUUGGAACCUCUGAUGCCAAUACUAGUGAUGUUAUCAAAAAAUAUAAUGAACUUGCUACUAAGCUUCAGGGGAUGUGCAAAUCUAUAAGAGUGACCCUGGAUCAGCAUCUUUUUAGAGAAGAAUGCGAACUGUGGCCAUUGUUUGGCAGACAUUUCACUGUGGAAGAACAAGACAAGAUAGUGGGUCGGAUAAUUGGAACAACAGGUGCUGAAGUUCUCCAAUCAAUGUUACCAUGGGUAACGUCUGCACUUACUCAGGAUGAACAGAACAAAAUGAUGGAUAUAUGGAAGCAGGCAACUAAGAACACUAUGUUCAACGAAUGGCUUAGUGAAUGCUGGAAAGAGAGUCGAGUGUCUACAGCACAGACAGAAACGUCAGAUCACAGCACUUCUCGGAGAGGUGCUGAAUAUCAAGAAAGCUUGGACCACAAUGAUCAGAUGUUCAAGCCAGGUUGGAAAGACAUAUUUCGGAUGAAUCAGAAUGAACUUGAGUCAGAGAUCCGCAAGGUAUAUCGAGACUCAACUCUUGAUCCAAGGAGAAAAGCAUAUCUUGUGCAGAAUCUACUGACAAGUCGAUGGAUAGCUGCCCAGCAGAAAUCACCUAAAGCUUUAUCUGAAGGAUCAUCUAACAGUGUAGAAAUAGAAGGACUCUCACCAUCAUUUCAGGACCCAGAGGAACAUGUAUUUGGGUGUGAGCACUAUAAGAGAAAUUGCAAGCUUCGGGCUGCAUGUUGUGGCAAGUUAUUUACUUGCAGAUUUUGUCAUGACAAUGUCAGUGAUCACUCUAUGGAUAGAAAAGCAACAUCAGAAAUGAUGUGUAUGCGCUGCCUGAAUAUACAGCCAAUAGGGCCCAUAUGCAUGACACCUUCAUGUAAUGGGUUUUCAAUGGCAAAGUACUAUUGCAAUAUAUGCAAAUUUUUUGAUGAUGAAAGGAAUGUAUAUCAUUGCCCAUUUUGCAAUUUAUGCCGUGUUGGACGAGGGCUUGGGAUUGAUUAUUUUCAUUGCAUGAAAUGCAAUUGUUGCCUGGGGAUUAAAUCAGCAUCUCAUAAGUGCCUGGAGAAAGGUUUAGAAAUGAACUGCCCAAUUUGUUGUGAUGACCUGUUCACUUCAAGUGCCACAGUCAGAGCUCUACCUUGCGGCCACUAUAUGCAUUCUGCUUGCUUCCAGGCAUACACUUGUAACCACUACACAUGUCCAAUCUGCAGCAAGUCAUUGGGAGAUAUGGCGGUUUACUUUGGUAUGCUUGAUGCCCUAUUGGCUGCUGAGGAGCUUCCUGAAGAGUACAAGGACCGCUGUCAGGACAUACUCUGCCAUGACUGUAAUCGGAAGGGCACUUCACGCUUCCACUGGUUGUAUCACAAAUGUGGAUUUUGUGGCUCUUACAAUACCCGGGUUAUCAAGUGUGAGACGUCAAACUCCAGCUGCUCUUAGUGUGCUUCUUUUGUCGGGAGGUAGACAGAGUUUGUAAAUACUUGUAUAGCAAAUUAGGAAUCCAAAUUUUUCCAUGAAUAGGAGCCCCCUUAUCUUUUCGUCUUAUACUUGAACAGAUGCUCCUAAUCAGUCUUAUAGCAAUUAUGUACAGAUCAACUUUCUAUUAAUGCAACAUAUAUUGUUGCAGCUCCUAUUCGUUUCUUUCUUCU